AUGUCUAUGGAUGAAAGAGAUAAAAAUAUUGAAUCUGUGUCAAACAAAGAUUGUAAUGAGAAGAUAAUCAAUGUUACAUCAAAUGCUGAUUGUCACCAUAAACCGACGCUUUUAAAUGCGAAGAAUAAAGGAUAUGACAUAAAAGAAGAUGAAAUUCCCGUAAUUAUUGACAACUGUGAUUAUCAAGAGAUUACAGAUCUCCCAGUAAAUUUUGAUAUUGGCACAAUAAUCUUUACAGAUGAAAAUGAGAGCAUUGAAACUGUCAUGCCAAGUAACUUUUUCAUGAAUGAUAAUAUUGAAGCAGCAGAGGCAAAUAUUUCUUUAUCUGAUUCAUUUAAUGGAUCUAUUAGAAUCAAUGAGUGUGUUAGGAGAUUAAGUUUCAAUAUGACUGAAACUGAUGCAAGACGUGUAAGCAUGUUAUCUCCUUGCCGAGAUGAUGUGCCAGAUCCAGAAAUUGUUGCUGCGCCAGUGUCUUAUAAUAAUGAUAAGAAUGAAAGUGAUGAUGAAGAUUCAGAAUAUAUACCUUCAGAACACAGUUCUUUAAAUAACGAAUCUCCUCAAAAGCAAGUGUCAAUUGUUAACAGAACUAUUUUAUCCACUUCCAGUUUUGAUACAUCAAAUACAAAUGUUGUUGGUACAUCAGCAUGUAACGAUGAAGUUAUUUGCAAUCACAGCUUGCACGACAUUUGGAAACAGUACAUGCUAAUGAGCCUAAUGUAA